AUGAGUUCAAAACAAUUUUACCUUCUCGGUGAAAGCGCAUCGUCUGCCAUCGAUAUUGACUUGGCAGAGGUGGCAGAUGUUGAAGACCUCCAGCACCUCGUUGCUGCGCACUUCAACAUAGUUGACCACAAAGGCGUGGGAUUUGUCUCCAAUCAUCAGAGACUAACCGCAGUCUCGGACGUCAAAGAUGCAGAUAGCCCAAUUGUCAUCACCAUCGACGGGCAGGGCGUCCGGGAAGUACCUGGCCCAGCAGGACUUCCGUACUUUGGCAACUACUUUGAGGUGUAUCCAGACCACCUGGGAAACCACGAGCGUCUUUUCCAAAAAUACGGUCCCUUGAUUGUAACCAACAAUAUGGGCAGCAGGGUCUACCAAACAAACGACCCCAAGCUGUCGCAAAUCUUCUUCCAAGAAAGCGACUUCUUUAGCAAGCGCAUUAUCCCCGGACAUCCUCUACAUCCUAUCAAAUCAGCCGAAGCAGGUGUCUUUUUGUCGGAUACAGACACGGAGCAGUGGCGGCUUGCGCACAAGUUUCUGCCUCCAGCCCUUGGGCCCAAAGCAGUGCGCCACUAUGCACCUACAAUGCAAAGGACUGUUGAACAGGCGUUCAGAGUCUUUGAUGAGCUUGACGAGAACGGUGAAGCUUGGAACGUAUACCAGUAUAUGCUUAAACUUGGUUCCCAGGCAGUAGGGAAACUUAUUCUCGGCAUGGACUUCCAGCAUUUCACCGAGGUGGAUGCCCCGUUGCACGAAAUGGUGCACAAAAUUGCCCUUAAUCUCGAACUGAAUAAACGUAUUUCGAGCAUGGGCUCGUGGUAUGCCCAUAUGCCGUUUGGCGAUCCCAAACGACUGCGCCAAACUAUGGGUAGGAUAGAGGAGAUGAUUAUGGAUUCCAUCGCCAAGGCGUCCAAAGGUCAAGAUGAUUUGGAACUUCAAGAUGCUGCUCUUCAAGCAGAAAAUGUUGUUGAUUACUUCUUGAGAGCAGCAGACAACAAUGGCAAAAAGCUGCCGCCCGCUCAGUUUGUGUCGGCACUUUUAGUUGCGACGGGGGCUGGCUUCACGACCACAUCCUCGCUACUUUCCUGGUUAAUGUAUAGUUUGGUGCAGUAUCCAGGAAACCAGGAGCGUUUACUGCAGGAGUUGGUUGACAACGGCUGGGACCACGACACCCAAGUGACCGCCGACCUUACAAACAAGCUCACCUUCCUGGACAAGUUCGUCAAGGAAACGCAAAGACGCCACAACCCCUCGUAUCAACCUGGUCGUACGUCCAAGGUCGACAUGGUCCUGCCUGGUGGCUAUAAGCUCCCCAAGGACUCCGUUGUGAUACCCGCGUUGCACCACAUCCACAGCAAUGACAGAGUCUGGGAUAACCCGACUAGAUUCGACCCUGAUCGCUGGGAUACUGAGAAAGUCAAGAACCGACCUGCGGGCUCGUACAUUCCAUUUGCCGCUGGCCCUCGCAUGUGCGUUGGCUUCAGCUUUGCCCUGCAAGAAAUCAAAGUCUUCUUGCCGAAGUUAGUCUAUCGCUACAAAUUUUCUCUGGCUCAGGAUGGUCCUGUUGAGUACGACCCGUACUUUCAGCUGAUUCGGCCGAAUAAUCUAUACAUCAGGGCCGAGCGUCGCGUGAAGUGGCCACCAAAAUCAGAAUGA